CGACGACUGAAGAAUGUGUGUAUCAUCAAUCUCAGUCCUCGCAAUCUUCUGAUCUGCACGCUUUCUCCUUUGAGCACACUCAAGCCAUCCUUCUCCCCGUUUCGACGUUUACCUAUCGGACGAUCCUUCUUCAUCGCAAGGUUGAUAAGGCUGAGAUCCAAGAGCUAGAGCCGGUAUCACAAUGUCGUCCCAAUACUUCCGGUUAGAUGACCACAAGAUAGAAGCGUCGCAUAUCCGCAGCUUCCCUAGGGCACUCUCGACACACGAAAACGAUGUAUUCCACCUUGCUAUCAAGCAGUACACACCGCUCAACAACCCCGCCCCGCAAGACGGAGACAUCACAAUUAUUGCGGCACAUGCCAAUGCGUUUCCGAAGGAACUGUACGAACCACUCUGGGAUGAACUUCUUCAAAGAAGUCAAGGCUUUGGCUUCAAAAUCCGCAGCAUCUGGAUCGCAGACGUCGUACAUCAAGGUCACAGCAGCGUUCUAAACGAAGACAAGCUAGGGAACGACCCAUCAUGGCUCGACCACAGCCGCGACCUCCUACACAUGGUCAAUACCUUCGCACGCCAAAUGCCCCGCCCCAUCAUCGGUGUCGGCCACUCCAUGGGCGGCGCGCAACUCGCCAACCUCGCCCUGCUCCACCCGCGUCUUUUCGAAUCUUUGAUUCUCAUCGACCCUGUCAUCCAAGGCAAAAUGACUGUUCUCGGCAACGUUUCUCCUGCAUUUGCGUCAGCAAAACGGCGAGAUCUUUGGCCCUCGCGCGCCGAAGCAGCGAAAGGAUUCAAGAAGAGCAAAUUCUACCAGACCUGGGACCCGCGGGUCUUGGAUCGGUGGAUCGAGCACGGCUUACGCAAUGUUCCGACGAAGCUGUACCCAGAUGCAAAAGAGGGACAGGUAACACUUUCGACGACGAAGCAUCAGGAAGUCAUGACGUUCCUGCGCCCCAACUUCAGAAACAGAGGGGGCGAGACAGAACCGGAUUCUGUAGACUUCACGCUGACGAAUCCGAAGCUGAAUCGUAGAACGCAUGCGGAUCUAACGCCGUAUGAGCAGCCGCAGGAGCCGUUCUACAGGGGUGAGAGUACGAUCGUGUUCAAUCAACUGCCUACUUUGAGGCCGUCCGUGCUGUAUGUGUUCGGAAGUCUAUCGUUCUUGACGGACGAUGCUAUUAUUGAGGAGAAACUGGCCAAAACAGGGUCUGGCGUGGGAGGAAGUGGUGGCAGGGCGGAGGGCAGGGUAGAUAGCGUUAUGGUGCAGGACGCGGGGCAUUUGAUCCCUAUGGAGAAGGUGGAGGAAAGUGCUGAUCACAUUGGGAAAUGGAUUGGAAAGGAGAUGGUGAGGUAUCGGGAUUGGGAGAAGAAGACGCAAGAGGAGUGGGGAAACAAGAAGGGGAUUGAAAGAAGUGUGUUGAGCGACAGGUUCGUGGAGGAACUUAACGGCUUGAUGGUGAGGUCGAAGCCGAAUCUGUAG